AUGGAGCCGAUGACGACAGAGGGACACCUGCUGCACGCGCUGCGACGCUUCCACGAGGUGGCGCCACCGCAGCACGUCCGACAGCUGCAGAUGCGCCACGAGAUACAAUCACUGCAGUUCUGGCGAGCGACGAUCGGCGAAUGUCUGGCGACGUUCUUUCUCACCUUUCUCGUCUGCGCCGCCGUCGUGCCGUGGGGCGGCGCCACCGGAGCCGCGGUGGCGCUGACGGCGGGCUUCGUCGCGACGACGCUCAACCACUGCUUCGGGCACGUGUCCGGAGGUUACAUGAACCCGGCCGUGACCUUGGCCUUCGUCACGCUGCGCAAGAUGACGGUGUUUCGCGGCGCCCUCUAUAUCGUGGCGCAGUGCGGCGGCGCUAUUGCUGGUGCGGCGCUGUUGUACAG